GUGUCUGAUCACACUGAUCUGAAAGGGUUCUGGUGUCUGCAGAGAGAAUGAUAACUUCCGAAACAUUAAUUUGGUUCUUCAGUAAUUGAGGGGGAAAGUCUUUUGUCCUUUAGGGAUGUAUCGUCGUCUUUUCGUGGUUGCCAGUCUGCUGUCAUCCUAUGUGGGUGGAUCCCCUGCUCAGGAUCAGCCAGUGCACGUUCUUGCCUUUGCUGGUGGAGAUGUUAUUCUACCGUGCAGUUUCAAUAUCUCUGACAAGGAAGACUUUCCGACUGUUGAGUGGUCCAAGGAAGGCUUGAAGCCAAAUGUUGUCUUCUUGUACCGGGAUGGUUGUGAGGCCUACGAGAUGAAGAAUCCAGCCUUCGAGUACAGGACAAGCCUCAUCAUGAAAAAGCUCAAAGAUGGAAACAUCUCAUUACGGAUCUCCAAUGUGCAGGUGUCUGAUACUGGAAAGUACCAGUGCCUCGUAUUCCAGAAAAAUGUCGCCAGGAAGGUUUCAACAGUGGAGCUGUUUGUGGUGGCUGUUUCUGAGCCAAGGCUUUCAGUGAUUUCAGCGGAGGGUGAUGCCAUAACUCUGCAUUGUGAAGCAAAAUGCUGGCUGCCAGAGCCUCAGGUAACAUUUCUGGAUGACAAUGGAAAGAACAUCUAUGGGGAAAACCCCAAAGGACAACAAGAUGCCCGUGGAUGUUUCACUGUGACACAAAGAGUCACUCUGCAAAGAGCUACCAGCAGUAUAACCUGCAGAGUUCAUCUACAAGAGUUUAACCAGACCAGGGAAACAAAGAUCCUCAUACCAGGUGUCUGCAUGAAGUCUGAUCCUCACACUAUCGCCAUCACCAUUGGAGGAACAGCACUUCUUUUCUUAGUUGCAGCCCUUUCAUGCAUAAAAUGCUUCAGAUUUGCUAUUGUAAAGCAGCCAGUGAACAGAAAGACAUCAAAUCAAAGCCUCCUCCACCCGACAAGAGUUAACAGCACAGACAGCUCGGUAAAUGGCAGCAUUGGACAGAUGAAAAGACAGUCUGGGUUUCUUAUCGAAGAUGAGACCCAAAAACUAGAGGACAGCAAAGUUGUUUCCUACAACAGUGGAACAACUGUCCAAUGUCAUUCCACAACCACAGCAGACGUUUCAAAACCCUCCAAACUACUGUUAACUCACGGCCCUGACAACAAGAGCUUGACCAGUGUGUACAAUCCAAACCCAUCUUCAGUUUCAACCAGCUUUAAAACUCCAAAAUCUGAUGACUUACCCAAAAGCAGGGGUUCAAAGCUUAUCAUCAAAAGGCAAAACAGCUUUCCAGGACCUGGUCACAUAUCUCAAAGAAACCACCGUAUGUACAGCAGUCCAGAUAUUUUACAACUACACUUACCAACAUCCAACCCUUCUUCUGCUCUCAGUAGCCACCAGAUGAUCAACUCCAGUGUCUCACCCCAUCAAAGCACCCACCAUCCUCAGCGUAGACACUCAUCAGUACUUCCACAGUUAGCUGAAUUUCAUAACCGUCACAGCCUCCUGAGAAAUUUACCUGAAGAAGAUGAACAUAGAAGUUUAUUAAGAAAUGAAAAGUAAAGGAAAUGUAAGCUGUACAUUUCAAGCAUAAGGCAAGACAAUGCUUGCUCGGUUUAAAUGACUGAAACUCCUUAACUGAGCAAUAACUAGAAACUGAAAUUUCACACCAGUGAUGGAAGCACGGAGUAGGGGCUUGACAGUCAGCUGCAGUGU